AUGGGGCCCCCGGGCAAUAGGGGAUCAUGGGGCCCCUGUGUCCUAUGAAAAAGAACUUGAAAGGAAGCUUCCAGUGCCAGCCUAAUAAGCUGUGGCCUGGGAAUAUUAUGACCACAUAUUAGGUCAAUGGUGUCACAAGUAUCCCCACCUCCUUGCAGGGGCGGACUGACAACUCAUGGGGCCCCUGGACAAUAGAGGAUCAUGGGGCCCCUGUGUCCUUGCCCAAUCUCAAAAAAAACCUAUGAAAAAGGUACCAGGGGCAUCUCAUGGGGCCCCAUACUGACCCUGGGCCCUCGGACAGUGCCCGAGUUUCCAAAUGGUCAGUCUGCCCCUGCCUCC